AAUGUAUAGUGAAGGAUAGUUUGUCUUUGAUCUCCUCCUACUAUCACAUUCUCUCUCACACUCUGACUGACUGCCCCUCUCUCUCUCUCUCUCUCUCUCUCUCUCUUAAGUAUAAUGGUGAAGGAGCUGAUGGUGAUACUGGCUCUACAGGGCAGUGUAGUUGUAGGAGACACAGACGUAAUGCUCAGUGGAGCUAGUCACUUUGCUGCCAUCUUUGGAAUACCUCUCAUUGCGACACUAACCUACGCACUCCUGACAGUAUCAAUAAUGACCAUCACCUACUGCAUGUAUGCUUGGAGGGGAGGUCAAAGGAAUAGAGGAGAGGAGCAACAAGAUGGAGAAAUAGUUGAGCUCAAUUUGACAUCCCCUUCGCCUAUCCUGCAAAUGCAUGAAGAUCGUACGCCCACUUUGAGAAGAAAUAGAUCUUCUCCUGAGAGUGUGGAUCAGCAGGUUGCAAGCAGACACAAUAUCAUAUCAUGUAGGAGGCAUGAAGCAGGUCGUGAGGCUGAGUAUGAUAUUAAUCAAGAGAGUGGGGCUGUGUACAUUGUACCCAUUAACAAUUCAUGCACUUAUGCCACAGUGGCUGAAGAUCAUAGAGUCCCAACACAAGCAGUUAAUGCAAACACAUCAACCACAGGCUCAAACACCAGAGAAAACACCUUGUACUUAACAAUGCUCUGAUUUUUAAUUUUUAAAUUACCAUUAAAGACUUGACUACUGCACUGUAGCAAAAAUUAUUAUUCAUUAUUGUUGCAAAUAAAAAAUGUAGACACGCCCUGAUAUGUAGUCAUAGCAACCAAAACUCAUGGCGGCGUACAGGACCUCUUCGUCUGCUAAUCCUUCUCUCUCUUAUCAUGACUCUGAUCCCAGGUGUAAUCCUAAUGCCACCAGAGGUGACUACACUGGGCCAAUGUAUGCCGAUGUCAUAACCGAGCUAAAGAAGAAGUCUUUUGCUACUCGCAAGGACUCUAUGAUCAACGUCCCGUUCCAGAUGGCCCCUAUGCAGUCCUGCCUACAGCAGCCACAGCAGAACAUUGGAAUAAUUAGAUCACCAAGAUCAAAAGAGCAAGCUACUACAACCCCACUUAAACUUAGAGAUAAAGCACAGAAGAGUUUAGAUGAAAGUCAAAAAAGAUUAAAGGCCAUAGAAGAUCACAUGUGGCAGCAUAGGCAGGAGGAACGGAAUUUGAGGAGAGCUGAAAAUGACAUCAUCAGACAACAGAAACAUAUGCAAACUAGUCUAAAGCAAUUUGAAAACAAGAUAGUUAAAAGACAAGCAGAAGAAACUACUACAUUACUUGAGAAGGAAGCAAAGUUUUCCGGCUACUGGCAGAAAGAUCUUCACGAUAAAAAUGAAGCAACAAAAGAAAAGAUUCAAAGCAAACAGGAGACCCGUCAAAAAUUAAACGAAGCAAGAAAUAAAUACACAAAGAAUUCAAAUGAGUUAUCAUGGAGAUACAGGAGCUUAAUGGAUAGUCUGAGUCAGAAAAAAGCAGAAAUGGAAGAUCUGAGCAAACAAUUUGAGGCUCUUCUGAGAGAAAAGGAAGAGGAGCAGUUGCACAUGAAGCAGCAACUUGCUUCCCUUGCAAUAUCACUUAAUAUGGAAGCCCAAAAGAAAAGAAAACUAGAAUCAGAUACACAACAGCAAACGACACAAUCAGCUUUGAAAAGCAUAGCAGACACACAAGCAAAAGAAAAGGCACUUCAAACUGAAGAGAAAGCGAAAAUAAAAGCAGAAGCAAACUUUGUUGAGCAACAAAGAGGACUCGAACAAUCCCUUGACGAAAAGAACAAAGGAUUUAAAUCCCAUCAGCGAAGUGAGGGCCAUAAUUUAGCCAAUGUGAGGACUCAUUUGAAGGAAACAAUGGAAAACCAGCAUUACAUGCAACAAGAGAUGGACCACAUACAGUUGAGCAUAUUGAGCGACAAUAUAAGAGAAAGGGUUGAUGCAGCUAACUCAAGAAGAGACAAAAGACUCAACAACUUCCAGAGAAGAGUCAAGGAGAAAAACAUGACCAAAUUGCAGGAUUGGGCAACUCGAACAAUCACAAAAGACAAUGAUGAGAAGCUUAAGGAACGACAAGAAAAAUUAACUCAACUUUCGAAACUAGUAUCUCAUCAUGAUACUGUGGAGCAUUCUCUGUUUUCACAAGCAAGAGAAGCUGACUCACAAAUAAAGAGGCAAGGCCAAACUGUCUCCAAGCUCCAGUAUGAGCUUGAAACACUCAAAAAAACCAAUGCAAGGAAAAUAAAAGAAAUGACUGUAGCAGCAGCCAGAGCAGAGAUGGAGCUACAUCACAAAAUACUCAGAGAGAGCGCCGAGUUUUCGAAAGCAAUAAACGUGAGAGAAGAAACAAUUAGAACCUUCACAAAGUACAAGAACAGAAACAAAGAAGAUCGGAGAAUGCUGGACGAUGAAAAGAAAGAACAUGACAGAAGAGUGAGAAUAGCAGACAGGAGCCAACUAGAAAGUUCAACAGUGAAAAGCAAUUAAGAAGAAAUAAUAAUGAUAAUAAUAAUGAUGGUUAUUAAAAAUUUAGAAAGGUAUAAAUUUUGUACAA